GAAACCUUGACUAACUUUGGCUCCGUUGAAAUUGGUGACUGGUGUUGUCCGUCUCUGUAGUAGGAGCUUUAUUGAAAGUAAUUCGUCGGUGUGAAGGUGUGAAAAGUAAUCGCUGCAACUACCAGCGGGCACGUUUUUGUCAUCCACCAUGCCACCUGUCGAAUUGGAUAAGCCUAAGGCAGUUGGAGGAAACCAGCCAAGGCCACUGGAGCUGUCAGGACAUGUGGGGUUUGACUCUCUGCCAGACCAGCUGGUGGCAAAGUCUGUUCAGAAUGGCUUCACUUUCAACAUCAUGUGCAUUGGCGAGACAGGAUUGGGUAAGUCCACCCUUAUGGACUCAUUGUUCAACACCAACUUCGAGUCAUCUCAGAGUCCACACAACCUGACUGUUGUGAAACUGAAGGCGCACACAUAUGAGCUGCAGGAGAGCAAUGUCAAGUUGAAGCUGACGCUCUGACGCUGUGUGGACACGGUCGGCUACGGCGACCAGAUCAACAAGGAGGACAGCUUCAAAGCGAUCGUCGAUUACAUUGACACGCAGUUCGAGAACUACCUGCAGGAGGAGUUGAAGAUCAAGCGCUCGCUGUCGGCGUACCACGACACCAGGAUCCACGCAUGCGUCUACUUCAUCUGCCCGACGGGACACGGACUGAAAUCGCUAGAUCUCGUGUGUAUGAAGAAACUGCAAAGCAAGGUCAACAUCAUCCCCGUCAUCGCCAAGGCGGACACAAUCUCCAAAACCGAACUAGUCAAGUUCAAGCAACGCAUCCUGACGGAACUGAACGGCAACGGCGUGCAGAUCUACCAUUUCCCGAUGGACGACUCGACCGUGGCUGACACCAACCGCUCGAUGAACGCGCACAUCCCGUUCGCCGUCGUCGGCAGCACCGACUUCGUCAAGGUCGGCAACAAGAUGGUGCGCGCCCGCGAGUACCCCUGGGGGUACCGUGCAGGGUGAGUGUGGGUUGAGAACGAGAACCACUGCGACUUUGUGAAGCUUCGCGAGAUGCUGAUCCGCACCAACAUGGAGGAUCUCCGCGACACCACGCACACCAAGCACUACGAGCUGUACCGCCAAGCCCGGCUGGAGAAGAUGGGCUUCAGCGACGUGGGGCCGGACAACAAGCCGGUCAACUUCCAGGAGACCUACGAGACGAAGCGCUCGGAGCACCUGGACGAGAUGCAGCAGAAGGAGGACCAAAUGCGGCAAAUGUUCGUCCAGCGGGUCAAGGAGAAGGAGACGGAGUUGAAGGAGGCUGAAAAGCAGCUGCAGCAGCGCUUCGACAAGAUGAAGCGCGAGCACGGCGACGAGAAGCGCCGCGUGGACGACGAGCGCCGCCAGCUGGAGGAGGAGGUGGCCGAGUUCCACCGGCGCAAGGCCGCCCACCUGACCGCCUCCCACGGCGGCACGCUCACGCUCGGCAAGAAGAAGAAGUGAGCCGGCGGUGCGGCACGGCACGGCCGCGAGCGCGACCGGGACCAGCGGGCCGGACGGCGAGCUGGCGCGCCAGCC